CAAGCAAUGCACUAGAAAUGAUGGGAUUUGGAUUUUAGCCCCAGUUUUGCUGUUGGUUAGUUUUCUAUCAUAGGGGAACUCAGCCUGUGUGUCCUGAACUGUAAAUGCUUCGGGCUCAGAAUCAGGUCCUGAAAAAAGGGGUUGUAGAUGAACAAGCGAAUUCUGCUGCUCUGAAGGAACAACUGAAAAUGAAGGAUCAGUCCUUGAGAAAACUACAACAGGAAAUGGACAGUCUGACAUUUCGGAAUCUGCAGCUUGCCAAGAGGGUAGAACUACUUCAAGAUGAACUAGCUCUAAGUGAACCCCGAGGCAAGAAAAACAAGAAAAGUGGAGAAUCUUCUCAGUUGAGUCAAGAGCAGAAGAGUGUCUUUGAUGAAGAUCUGCAAAAGAAGAUAGAAGAGAAUGAGCGAUUGCAUAUACAAUUUUUUGAAGCCGAUGAGCAGCACAAGCACGUGGAAGCUGAGCUGAGGAGUCGGCUGGCCACCCUGGAAACAGAAGCAGCCCAGCACCAAGCUGUGGUUGAUGGCCUGACUCGGAAAUACAUGGAAACCAUUGAGAAACUGCAGAAUGACAAAGCUAAACUGGAGGUAAAAUCUCAGACUCUAGAAAAGGAGGCCAAGGAAUGUCGACUGCGGACAGAAGAAUGUCAAUUACAGUUAAAGAAUCUUCAUGAAGAUUUGUCAGGUAGAUUAGAGGAAUCCUUAUCAAUCAUCAAUGAAAAAGUACCUUUUAAUGAUACAAAGUACAGUCAAUAUAAUGCUCUCAAUGUUCCACUCCACAAUAGGAGACAUCAGUUAAAGAUGAGAGAUAUUGCUGGGCAGGCCCUGGCUUUUGUUCAAGAUCUGGUGACGGCUCUUCUCAACUUUCACACCUAUACAGAGCAGAGGAUUCAGAUCUUUCCUAUUGAUUCUGCCAUUGACACUAUAUCUCCACUGAAUCAAAAGUUCUCCCAGCACCUUCAUGAAAACGCGUCCUAUGUCCGCCCUCUGGAGGACGGAAUGUUGCACUUAUUUGAGAGUAUUACUGAGGAUACUGUGACUGUUCUGGAGACAACCGUGAAAUUGAAAACUUUCUCAGAGCACUUAACCUCUUACAUAUGUUUUCUUAGGAAGAUUCUUCCAUACCAGUUAAAAAGUUUAGAAGAAGAAUGUGAAUCCUCGCUUUGCACAUCUGCGCUAAGAGCCAGGAAUCUCGAGCUGUCCCAGGACAUGAAAAAGCUGACAGCUGUGUUUGAGAAGCUGCAGACUUACGUUGCUCUUCUCGCCUUGCCAAGUACAGAACCAGAUGGACUCCUUCGAACAAACUACAGUUCUGUCUUGACAAAUGUUGGUGCUGCUCUGCAUGGAUUUCAUGACGUUGUGAAAGAUAUUUCCAAACAUUAUAGUCAAAAGGCUACAAUAGAGCACGAACUUCCAACAGCAACGCAGAAGCUGAUCACAACUAAUGAUUGUAUCCUGUCAUCACUAGUGGCAUUAACAAAUGGAGCAGGAAAGAUUGCAUCUUUCUUCAGCAACAAUGUGGACUUCUUCAUUGCUUCGCUGAGCUACGGGCCUAAGGCAGCGAGUGGAUUCAUCAGCCCUCUCUCAGCCGAAUGUAUGCUGCAGUACAAGAAAAAGGCUGCUGCCUAUGUGAAGGCUUUGAGAAAGCCCCUUGUGGAGUCUGUGCCUUAUGAAGAAGCACUGUCAAACCGCCGGGUUCUUCUCAGCUCUACUGAAAGUCGAGAAGGCCUUGCACAGCAGGUUCAGCAGAGUUUGGAAAAGAUUUCUAAACUGGAGCAGGAAAAGGAACAUUGGAUGUUGGAAGCACAGUUAGCCAAAAUCAAGCUAGAAAAAGAAAACCAGCGAAUUGCAGAUAAGCUGAAGAAUACAAAUAGUGGGCAGUUGGUUGGACUGGCCCAGGAAAACGCUGCGGGGUUGAAUGCUGCUGGUCAGGAUGAAGCUGCCGCCAAGGCUGUGUCUGAGCCGGUUCAGAGCACCAGUCUCAUUGGGAUUUUAACCAGGACGUCUGAUGAUGAGGCUCCAGAUGUGGAAUCCCGAGAAGACUUGAUUAAAAAUCACUACAUGGCGAGGAUAGUGGAACUCACGUCGCAGCUGCAGCUGGCUGACAGUAAGUCAGUGCACUUCUAUGCCGAGUGCCGGGCACUCUCUAAGAGACUGGCCUUGGCAGAGAAGUCUAAGGAGGCACUGACAGAAGAGAUGAAAGUUGCCAGUCAGAACAUCAGCCGACUUCAGGAUGAGCUAACUACCACCAAGAGGAGUUACGAGGAUCAGUUAAGCAUGAUGAGUGACCACCUGUGCAGCAUGAAUGAGACAUUGUCUAAACAGAGGGAGGAGAUUGACACACUGAAGAUGUCCAGUAAGGGAAAUUCCAAGAAGAACAAGACUCGAUAGCUUACACAGAGCUGGUGGGCGACUGUUCUUCCCAGAGCUGCUGCUGCCGCUACAACAGACCUGCAGGGCCCAGACUCCAUGUCCAGGGCUGGCGGCCUUCAGGAAGCUGAAGGCUGCUGGACCUAGUAAACUCGGCAGAGUUGUAAAUGGCCUUGAAACAUUUAAAAUAGAUUUGUAACCAGGAAGGCAAAUACUGAAUUUGAUGUUGACAGGAAAAUGGAAAACAAUACAUAUACCAUGGAUAUUGUAGGUUUCCUUAUGCUGUUUUUACUGUGCACUUUUUAAAAUUAGGUUUUAAUUUCGGUAUGUAAGAACAACAAAUAUUUUGUAUAUUUUCAAACUCAAUUAUAUGCUAAUCAAUUUGGUAUCUAUGGAAUAGAUAUAUGUUUCUGGAUAAAAUGCUUAAAUUGUUCAAAUGUCAUUACUUCUUACUGUGAAGGAAAGCAGUCUGCAGAUUGUUUUUUAAGAUUUAUUCAUAUUCUCUUUUUCCCUCUCUCCCCCUCCUCCUUCCCUCCUCUGUUCACCCCCCUCUCCCUCUCCUUUCUUCUCCCUUCUGUCCUCUCCCCCUACCCCAGCCCAGGGAGGAGGGAGUCUGCCUUGCAAACUUCAGAUUCUGUGGGUUUAUUAUCAUGUCUUCAGCUCCUCAGUACCCUCUCUGUGUUAGAAUAAUAGCUAAAGGAAAUUCAUGUGAAUAAAUUCGUACUUAC